AUGCAUGUUUGGUCCUUUGAAAUAGGUCUUUUGGAGCAUUCUGGAGCAUAUGGGACAAAGGAGCAUGGAGGGACUUGGCACAUGGAAGCAGCUCAACUGGAUACGCAAAGGAAGAAGGGAGAAGCCAUCUUGAAGACCAGCUCGACCGUCCACUCGACCAACCGGUCGAGUUCCUCAACUCGGCCAAGCUUCAACUCGAUCGAGCUGGAAGUCAAAGUCAAACCCGAAAAAUGUUGCUUCCCCCUUGACUUCCUUUGA